CCUACUAGUUCCCUGAUGCGCUCCCCACCUCUCCCAGACCCAAUGCCCUCGUCCCUCCCUCCUCCCCUCCUCCCUAAACACUGUGGCCUACUAACCGUGUCUUCCGGGUUGACUGUGACGGACAUGAUCCUUUCCUGGCGCGGUGACGGUGGCAGGACGCUGGGAGGGACGGAGGAAAGGAUGAGAGCGUUCAGCUGGGUCCCACUUCUGGGGCUCCUGGCUGCCCUGGCGGCUGCCCAAGAAAAUAAACCAACUAGGUCCACUGUGAUCCACCUGUUCGGAUCGCCCCUACUGUCUGUGCAGAGCCGCAAUGCCCACCUCACACCGCAGUCUCGGCUUGAGUCAGUGGUGGAUGGAGAGAGAGUCGUCACCCAGGAGGAGGCUGUCGUGGAGGAGGCCUCACACAAGACAGCUGAUGCCAGCCCCAGUGGAAUUCUUGAGACAGUGCAGAAAUUGGUUGCCUCUGCUGUGUCUCCUUUAACCUCAGAUUCCGUUGCUGCUGAGGAGACUGAGGUGGAAGGUUCACAGCUAAAUGUCAAUCCUGCCCCUGUUGAGGAGGUGGAGGAUGACAGAGUAACUGAGGAGCAAGUGGUGCCUACAAACCCUUCCGAGCCAGAGGAAGCCCCCACUGUCUUCACUAAUCAGAAUGAGGAGGAGGCUCCUGUCGAGAGCAAUAACAAUAAGAACAAGAAUAACGUGAAGCUGGUUGGAGUGUACAAUGAGGUAGUGGACAAUGUCAUCGAUGUCCUGAGUUCCAGCCUCUCGAAAGUGGGUCCUCUGCCCAUUGAACUCUCUGAUGAUGUAGCGGUCUCAGCCUUAGAAAGAGUUGAUGAGGCCAGCCUAGAGUUUAAACAUGAAGAGACUGACCCUGCACCUUCCUUCUUCAGAAAACUCACAGCCCUAGAUGCAGCUGAGGCUACUCCUGAACCAGAACCUGAACCUGAGCCAACAGAUACAAAGGGUAACAAGAACAAAACCAGGAAAGAAACAAGGAACAAGAACAAGAGAAAAAACAAGAACAAGAACAGGAAGAACAAGAGGAAGGGUGAGAUGUCUGAUGAUGAAGAUUCUGAGAGGAAGAACAACAAGAAGAUCAGGAAGAACAAGAACAAGAACAAGGGAGUGAAUAAUGAAGAAGAAGAGGAAGUGGAAGAAGAGGUGAAGGUUAAACCAACAAACAAGGGCAACAAGAAGAGAAACAAGAAUAAGAAUAAGAACAAAAGGAACAAGAGGAGGAACACCAAGAAGAAUAAGAAGAGGAAUAAGUCGGAGGGCAUUGAAGUAUCCAGGGAUGGCAGAGCUAUGAGUGAGGAUGAGGAUGUUGAGGACGAGUCAGUGACUGUUGGGCAGGCACGCAGGAAGUACCCUGAGAGGAAGAACAAAGGGAAUAAGAAGAAUAAGAGGAGGAGGAAUAACAAGAACAAAAAAAAUAGGAAGAAUAAGAACAAGAAGAAUGCCAACAAGAACAGUGAUGCUCAGGAGAAGGAGAGCAGAGCAGAUCCUGGCCCCGUGUAUCCAUCACCAGAGGAACUUUCGAACAGCAAUGCUUACAUCACUGGUCUCUCAACCAUUAGCCGUGUUGGGGAUGUGACCGUGGAGAACACAGGAAAAGCCCUCUUGGUGAAUGCCAAGGUGCAGGUUGGACCCAUGUUUGUGCAGCUGGCUAAUGCAGCACGUGCUCUCACCAAGUCUCAGGUGUCCACACUCUUGGAGGCAGACAUGCAGUUCAAAGUCAGGUCUAAGGGGCGUGGUCGGAAGCUCAUCAAGCUGAACAGUGUGACCAUGGGUGGCCCCUCUGAGAUCAGCGUGGCACGCCUGGACCUGCCCCUGGAGCCUGAGGUGGUGCUGGCUGCCCAGGACGAGGUGCUCAAUGCCCUGGAUGUGUCUCGUGUAGGCCGCAUCUUUGAGAUGGAGCUGGAGAAGAUCUUUGAAGAGGACAAUGUUGUUCAGAAUCUUGAAAGUCACCCACUCUUGAAGAAGUAAACCUGGCUGCCCUCCAGUCCACAGCCUGGCCUGGUGAGACCCUCAGCAGCAAGGGAGGCUGUGUCCCAAAUGACCUUUGCCUUGGGAUGAAUGGCCUGAGUGUUGCUAGGAAUACUAAUCCCAUGGCACACACUGUUGGGUUGUCUUGCUGGCAGGACUGUGCUGGCUUGGCAUGGUGUUGUAUUGAUGCACAGGUGACCACAGACAUCCACCUCAGGCUGUCCCCACACCUUAGCAUCUACGCAGCCUGAACCUCUGUGGUGACUCAGGGAUGCCUGUGCUCCCCAUUCACGCACACACACACACACACACACACACACACACACACACACACACACACACACACACACACACACACACACA